AAGCCGGACAACGGGGCCACAUUGGCUGUUUUUUUCAUAGGGGUCCCAAAGAACUCAGAGAUUUGGAAUAUUGGGUUACAGUGUGGCAAAAUGGCGACUGUCAUUCAAAAUCCACUGAAGUCGUUGGGCGACCAGUUCUACAGGGAGGCCAUUGAACACUGCCGCAGCUACAACGCCAGGCUGUGUGCCGAGCGCAGCGUCCGAAUGCCCUUCCUGGACUCGCAGACGGGCGUGGCCCAGAACAACUGCUACAUCUGGAUGGAGCGGCGCCACAGGGGACCAGGCUUGGCCUCGGGGCAGAUGUACACCUACCCAGCCCGCUGCUGGAGGAAGAAGAGGAGGCUGCACCCCCCCAUAGAUCCUCAACUGCGCCUCUGUGAGCUGCGCCUCGAAGCCGAGCUGAUGGCCAAGAAGGAGACGCCCCCGGCGGAGGCCACUGCCCUGGAGGCUCUGCUGAGAGGAGAGGGGCUGCUGGACAAGAGGAGCAACGCCGCCAAGGAGGAGGAGACCCUGCUGGAGAUCCAGAGGGUCCUGGAUGCUGAUGAAAACGGGGACGGUUUCCAUGACGAUGACGACUUUGAAGUGGACACCCCAAAGAGGAAGCAUCGAAAUAAAGGCAGAACUCGGGGAAGCGGACGCCGGAGGAACGAAGCCGUCGCCCAGGACGACCAGGACAAGCCCUACGUCUGCGAUAACAGAUACAAACAAAAGCAUAACUCAAAAUCUGCCGAUUCAGUCUGCGGCAAGCGCUACAAGAACCGGCCGGGUCUGAGCUACCACUACACACACACACACCUGGCGGACGAGGAGGGCGAGGAGGAGCGCGAGGCCGACCUGUCACAGUCGCCGCCGCCACAUCGCCCCGAAAACCACAAACCUCAGAAGGCACCUGACGGUACCAUUAUUCCUAACGACUACUGUGACUUCUGCCUGGGCGACUCGGACUCCAACCGGAAAACGGGACAGGCGGAGGAGCUCGUGUCCUGCUCGGACUGCGGACGCUCCGGCCAUCCGACGUGUUUGCAGUUCACCGACAACAUGAUGCAGGCGGUGCGGACCUACCAGUGGCAGUGCAUCGAGUGCAAGUCCUGCAGCCUGUGUGGCACGUCCGAGAACGACGACCAGCUUCUCUUCUGUGACGACUGUGACCGGGGCUACCACAUGUACUGCCUCAAGCCCCCUAUGACCCAGCCCCCCGAGGGAAGCUGGAGCUGUCAUUUGUGUCUGGACCUGCUAAAGGACAAGGCCUCAGCGUUCACCGAGCCCUAGGAGCACCGGGCAGUGCACUGGGCAGUGGAGCGGUAGCACGGAGAAGCCUCGCAUUCCUCAUGGCACCAGUCAACACACACACACACACACACACACAACGUUCAGGCCACGUACACGCUCUUAGGGAUGUACAGUGCACAAUAAGACACCCCCUAAAGAGGUGUCACUGUAAUUAAUGAUGACAAAAGACCCGCACUCAAAUGUAUACAUUGACGCGCACAUUCCCCUAAGUGUACAGAUAUUCCCCUAUAAGUACAGUAUACAGUGUGUGAACAUGCACACACACAUACACACACACACACACCAUCAUUUCCCGACUAUUAGCCGCAGCUUAUACAUUGAUUCUGCAAAAUUUCUUCUGCUAUGAGGUUAAUACAUGGGGACAGUUAAUAUGGUAUUAAUAUAUUUUUGUUUCUUUUAACUUGCAUAAAACACGGCGGCUUAUACACAAUGCGGCUAAUACACGGGAAAUUACUGUACACACACACGACCACACAAACACACACACACACACACACACACAUCCUUAAAAGUGCAUCUAAUAGGCUCAGGGCAGAUUUUCCUUCUCACCUUGUUCUGUAGUGUUCGUUUAUCUGGCCAGGAGACGGUCUACCUCUGCAAACACACCUGUCACACCGUGGGCGCACACACACACACACACACACACACACGUGACCUGCGCACCAGGAUAUCAGUGAAUCUCACACACUACCUCACAACGGUUUUCACUGCUCGUCAUCAACAAAAGCCCAAAACUGUUGCUAUAAGGUCACCACAGAUGUUGAUAUUCUGAACGCUCAUUUGGUGCGUUUGGCUCGUCCUUUUACUUAGUGAUGGACGUUUGGCCUGGCAGAUCCUCUUGUUGUGUUUCUCAUAUCUGGGGUUUGUGACAUUGAGUUGACAUGUUGGGGGUGGGAGAUGGAGAGAGCUGGGGGACGCUAGGCUAGGCGAUUAGCACAUCCCAGAGUGCCGGGGGGAAUGUUACAGCUCUCCGACUCGCAGCCCUUUUUUUCCGUGUUAGACCCUCCCGACUUGUCACAUGUGAAACAAAGGUGCCAUAUUUCAGCGGGUGGGGGAACUGAAAGUGUGCUUCCUGAUUGUCAGUUCUGUUUGUCUUAAAAAAAAAAGAUAAGCCCAUUUGUUCUUCAUCAAUACCCUUUUUUAAUUAUAGACUCGUCACAGAUAUUGGAACAAGCAGUGCAGUACAGUGCACUCCAGUUGCAUUAGUAUCCUACACCAACCCGCGGAGACAUUUUCUGUGUAAUAUAUAAUAGUGACUGUUAAGAAUCUCCUGACAGAACUGCAGACACACACAGACACACACACACACACACACACACACACACAUGCCCCUCCAUGACUCAUCUCAGUGGAUUACAGAAGACAGCUGACAAAUGACUCACAGAAACAGAAACAUCAAUCUACAUUCACAUAACAUAAUAUCUAUUGAUUGUGUGCUAUUACCAAUAUACCCAAAAGACAGAGUGGAUAAAUAUAUAUAUAUAAUAACAUGGGAGUGCAUUGGAAAAACACCCCUUAAAAUCCAACCAGUUUGAAAAAUGGAAACUGUUUGAAAUGGAGAUGAACAGAGGAUCAGUGUCAGUGUGAGUUUUAAUGAUCGUGAACUGGUGUCUGCUCAUGACUGGCCGUCAGAUGGUGUUUUAACGGUAAUGAGUGCACUUCACGUCCCCGGCCAAGUCUUUGUCCACUACUCCCCAUCUGAAGCGUCCACUCUCUGUGUGUGUGAGUGAGUGCAGAGGUCUGUGAUGUGUGUGUGUGUGUGUGUGUGUGUGUGUGUGUGUGAUGGGUUUUGUGUUCUCAGGCCAGCGUCUGAGUGUUUGAGCCAUGCUCCCAGCAGGGCCAUCUGCUGAGCCGUAUGCAGUGUGACACACUGUACAGCCACAUGCGAACGGAGCGCACACACACACACACACACACACACACACACACACACACACACACACACACACACACACACACACACACACACACAUACACACACACACACACACACACACACACACACACACACACACACAUACAUACACAUACAUAAGCAGACACACACACACACACACACACACACACACACAUUAAUCCAUACACACUGCAGACUGAAACACAGAUACACACACACACACAUAAUCCAUGCACAAACAGACACACACACACACAUAGACAAAUAUAGACACACACUGCAGACAGACUGAAACACAGAUACACACACACACACACACACAAACACAUACAGACAGACAUACACUAAUCCAUGCACACACACACACACACACACACACACACACACAGAGAGGGCUUCUUAUACUAAUCUAUGCACUCUCUCUACUAACAUCCAGUGGGUACACACAAACACACACACACACACACACACACACACACACACACACACACUCAUCCCACAUCUUUUGGGUUACUCAAGCGAUCCAAAGGUCUGCAUAAAAACGUCCCCCUAGUUAUGCAUAUAUUAUUUCUCCUCUAUAUCUGUAACCUUUUGUAAAACCCUCCGAUUCCCUUCAAAGAUGUUGCAGUCACAUGUUUCGGACAAAUAGAUGGCAUAGAUUGCACUGACAGAUUCUGGCUUUCAGUUAAAAGUAGUGAAGACCGUGCUAUAGCUUUUAAGGGCUCGGAGAAACCCUGUGAUGAGGUUUUAAUACAAUCCUGAAACGAUGUGUCCUUAGGCUAGCGAGUUUUAAUCACGUCUCAUAAAUAAACAGUAUAUCUAUUGCAACACAUUGACAGGACUGGAAUGUUGCAGCAUGCUUUGUUUUUAUGUUUGGUAUUUGUUGUUUGUCCCAAACUUAAAGAGACAAUCAGGAAUUAGAAAUAGUGCCAGCAGUCCAUCUCAUAUUCUUGUUGUCCCGGCUACCCCUUCUCCCUUAUUAGUGUGCAACCUGACUGAUUCUUUGUAUUUAUUUAUUAUUACACAUUUGUUUUUUUUCUCUUCUGUUUGUUUUGUGUUUAUUUUUACACCAAAUGUUUAUUUUCUAGAUGUUUUCUAGCAUGUGCAGUUGUGUGUUAGAGGUCAUGCUAUGUGAACAUUGGCUUUGAGCUGAGAAAUAAACGGAGAUUGGGAUAUGGUGAGGCGAGGACUUACAAUAUUCCAUAUCCGAAAAAAAGGGCUCUCGUUAGGCACGGUGCAGAGAACCUUGAAAAGCUUACGGCUUACGGCAUGCAAUGUUAAGCAUCUGCUCGCUCCAUUUCUUGCGUUUCAUUGCUGUGUGAUUUAUUGUGUUCAUAGCUUCCAUCUAUACUCUCUAUAGUCCCCCCCCAACACACACACUCCACACACCCACCCACCCACACACACACAUACACCCACACACACACACACACGCUCACACACACACACACACACACACUCCAUGGCCACCGUCUGCAUAACAAAUUAGGGGCUCUAUUUCCAGUACCAGUUGAUCAGGACCGUCCACAGCUCCUCCAGAUCUGCUGCAUAUUUUAACGGCGCACCGUCUUCCUUUAUUAUCGGGACAUAAAGUAAGGGCUCGCGUUUCUACUCGUCAUGCUGUGCAGAAAUGUAUGGGAAUCAUGGAAGCGUCUCGGCCUACCCGGAGUGCUCCCAGCAGCAGCAGCAGCAGCACAGGUUUCGCCUGCGGGAUGGGAGGAGGAAUAAAGGGAAUGGAAAAAAAGAGGGAAGGAAGAGAAGAGGAGAAGGAAUGAUAAAAGCAGACGUUGGCCCGGUGCGCUCGUACUUCAUGCUGACCCCCCCCCCCCCAUCUCUCUGAGGUGAGUCAGAGUGCAGGGUUCCCAUGCAGAUCUGCCCCUGACUGGGCUCCAAUCAGUGGCCUGCUUUGCACUGCACGUCCACCAUGGCGCUAUGACAUGUACGUUCUACGUUCCUCCGCUCCUCUUCCGCUCAUUUACCAGCUUGGUUUCAGUGUUGCCGUGCCAUGACGAGAUAUAGGGGCAUAUUCUGUUUCAUGAUGAGAUCAAGUCUGGCUGUGUGUUCACAGUGGACUCCUCAACUGC